CACAGUAGCAGCAUCUUCAGUAAGGAGUUGCACAUUGUGCUGUAGGCCUACACAUCCACCACAACAUGAGUGACUCAUGGGAGCCCAAGGGCACACCAGCACCCAUCAAGAAAAAGUUGAAGGUUAAGCAUGUGUCCCCAUGUGCUGCACAGAAUACAUGGUCAAUGGAUAAAUCAAUCAAAUUUGCACCACAUUCUCCAUUACCUCCAGCAAAAAGCACAUCACCAUUGAACACCCAACAGGAUGUCCUCAGAUGCCCCGUCUGCGCAGGAGUGCUGAAAGACCCGGCAUCCAUCCCCUGUGGACACACUUACUGCAGGCAGUGCAUCACAUCCUUCUGGGCUCAGCCUAAUCAAGCAGGAUACUACACUUGUCCAACGUGCAGGAAACGAUUCAGGACACGCCCUGACCUAAACUCAAAAGCACCGAUCCCACAACAAUCUCAACGAGUUUGCGCUAGUUCAGCCAAUGGGCCGACCCCCUGUGAUUUCUGCUUGACCCAAAAGGGCAGUGCUGUCAAGUUCUGCGUGACAUGCAUGGCUUCGUACUGUGAGACACAUGUCCGGCAGCACUACACUGUUCCGGUGCUGCAGACACACAGGCUGGUGGAGGCAGUGCCGUUACACCUGGAGCAGGUGAUCUGCCUGAGGCACAGCAGGGCACUGGAGAUGUUCUGCAGGACAGACGGCGUCUCCGUCUGCAGCCUGUGUGCAGUGCUGGAGCACAGACAUCACGACGUCCUGGUUGACAUACCUAAGCAGACCAAGACAUCAAAUUGCCCCAGGCCAGGUGCCCCCAUGGUAAGGGGCAGACAAACGCCUACUGUGGACGCAGAAAUGGAGAACCGUGAGCUGAGAAUGAAGAAUAAACUACAGCAAGAGGUCAUCCUGCAGCACAGGAAAGUUGAAGUCCACCAGAAGAGCAGAGAGGUGAAACGGGAUAAGAGGCACAAAGAGGAAAUACAGCAAAUUGCCCAGAGCAUAUCUGGUCUUGAGACGUGCAAUGCUAAGCUAAAGCGUCAUAACAAGAGUCUAAUGAAGAAAUUGGCCAAGCUGAAUAAGUCUUCUCAUCAGCCAAGCAGUGACCACCACCCCAUAGUACCAGUAGCCAAUCAUUGCAAAAGACAUCCCCUACCAGCUAGGGUUGUUCUGGACUUGGCCACAGCCCAUAGACGACUUAUGUUGUCGGAGGACAAAAGAAGUGUGAAGCUGGCGCGGUGUCCCAGGACCUCCUGGAACCGACAGCAGGGAUUGGACGGGCGGCCGUUUGUGCUGGGCAUGAGGGGCUUCUCCUCGGGGCGCCGCUUCUGGCAGGUUGGGGUGAACAACCGAUGGAUCAUUGGGGUUGCCAGAGCCUCCGCGCAGAGAACUGGCAACGUCACCUUCUACCCCAGUCAUGGCUACUGGUGCCUGAGUCGCAGUAUGCAGUUUUCAGCUUUGACGACUCCUCCUCUGAAGUGUCUGCCCGAGAGCUCGGUGCCCAGGGAACUGGGUGUUUGUCUGGAUGUCGAUGAGAGAUGGGUGUCUUUUUACAAUGCACAGUCCAAGGCUCACAUUUAUACGUUUACAAACAUGGAAUUUGGUGAUGGAGAGGAAAUCUAUCCUUUCUUCUCCACACACGAUGAAGAGCAAGAGAUUAAAAUAAGGAAGCAGCCUAUGCCACACUGUCCUGUGUUUGUGUCAGAUCAAAUAACAGUAUUGACAGAGGCAGUCACAAGUCCAGAUUAUGACGAGUAGUCUCUAGUAAUGCUAAACUGCUUUUUCCUGUCUCGAAGUCAUCUUCAACUUUGUUUAACAAUCUUGUCUGAAUACACUCUUCUCAUUCUGCAAGAUGCUAUCUGACUGUUAACUAAAUAGAUUUUCAAUAAAAUGUGGUUUCAGAGAUCA